CUGACGCCACACUUGGAGUUGCUUUUACAAUGCUGACAAUGACUCGCUUGGUGUUCUUCCAUUUAUCACAUCCUCUUGAGAUGCCACAUAACAUUAAAUGAAGUGGACUUCAACCCACAGAAAUCCUACACUGAAAGAAAAAAAACAUUUAUUAGCCGUGUGUUCAGCAGAAUACCAUGGUCAAAGGGACGAGUUUGUCCUCUGGUGUGAGGACACAGCAUGUUUUCGGCUGGGUUUCCAUCAUCUGGUUCUCUUCAGCAGUCAGCACUGCAGGCAGUCAAGGUGUAGAGCUACAGACCAUACCCCAAGUGGCAGUACAGUGUGGAAAAAAUUUGACACUCACAUGUAAUGCCAGCUCAUCACGCCAUAUGGAUAUUCAGUUUUUUUCUUGGCUGGCAAACACGAAAAAUGUGUGUCAAUAUGGAAAUAGCCAAACUGACCCUGGGGCUCUGUGUGAAAGCACAGCGGAUACUUCCCACCACACACUCACUCUGACUCUCAUCAACGUGAUGCCGGUCAGCAAGGGAAAAUAUCUCUGCAAACUACGCUCCAACCUGGGAGUAAAGAGUGCCUCAACUUCUGUUACAGUACAAGAUUGCCUUGAGGGUUCUGGUUUCUUCACUAAUGAGUCUCAUGCUGAGUGCUGCUUCACUGGAGUUUAUCCUAACAGCACCAUCCACUGGUUCCAGGGAGAAGUUAACUUAACAAACUCUGCCAGCACACGGGAGGAGACGGACCAACAUGGCCGGUACAAGGUCUUGAGUGAACUACAUGUGGAGAAAGGAAACCUGAACCUGCCUUAUAAUUGCUCGCUGUGGAUACCUUCUGACAGGAAGUAUCUCUCCAGUCAACUGUUAACUAUUGCUAAGCAGCUAAUAUCAUCAGGAAGCAUGGCAAAACUGCACUGGAUCUGUAUUAUGGUAGGAAUUAUGAUGGGGAUAUUUAUGACAUAGAGGGGAAAAAAAACUUCAGAUUUGUUUUCUAGAUGGCAUUUGGCAAAGUUGAAAUGUGGCGAAAAUGAAAACUGAAAUGAAAACAAGAGAAUUAAUAUUGCAGGAGAACAUACAGUAUGCUACAAGUGUACAAGAUACAAGUGUGCUAGACUUGUUUCUUUAUACAUGUGUUGUUGUCUGUUUCAACCAACCUAGUUCACAGGCAACGGUCUUCCUUAUAUUUUCUUCAAAUAUCUAACUGCAGAGGAGGAAGCCAGUGGGUUUAUUGUUUGGUUCGAAUCAGAUCUACACUCUCAGCCUUGAUCGGAAGCUUAUUUUAACAGUCAUGGCACAGACCUUUAAAACAAACUCCUCCACUUGAUGGCAGCACAGCAUUUAUUGUAUCUUGGAGACAUGUGCAGCCUAUGGGGGUGUAUGCCUGAAUAAGGAGAGCAUGCUUUUCUCAAGAGGCAUACUGACUCUCUAACUAAUGACUGAGAUCUUUUAGAGGACGGAGGAAUUUGACUUUAGAAAACCUCUAGUUUGCAGGUACUGUAUUUUUGUGCUCAAACUGUCAAACUUGUUUACUGGCAUCCUCUGUAAAGAAAAAGGGAUACCCAUUUACUUCUAUACUGCAUGCUCUAAAGGAGAGAUCUGCUUAGUGCACUGAAAACUGAGAGAGAUCAAAUUUGCUCACAUGUGUACUUAGUCAAAAAUCCUUAAUGCAGACAUGAUUGAUGUGAAUGAUACCUUCACAUAAGAGCAAGGUACCUGAAGCACAAUAUACAUUUUCUGAAAAACUACAAUGCAGAGGUUAAAAUGAAUACACUGGGUAUUCGUAUGCAGUGGUGGAAAGCAGCUAAGUACAUUUACUCUACUGUACUCUUAGAAAUUUGAGGUUUUUAUACUUUGAGUAUUUUCAUUUGCUUAUUCACAUUAUUUUGUUUUUGUACUUCAUAAUUGUGCUUCACAACAUUUGUACUUUUUACUUUUAAAUCUUCAGUGUUAGCUACUAAUUACUUAGUAUCUAAAAAUGGUAUGAUAUGAUGUAUAACUUAUCUUUGUGGCUUAAACUGACAGUAAUCUAAAUCUUAACUACUGAUGAUGCAAACCUUGUUUAGCCGAAAUGCAAAGGAUAUGGUGUAUUGUGGAUUUUAUUUUUUGCUUUGUAAUUAUGCUACAUUAAAGUGUGAAGUGUGAUCAUUCUAA